UUCAAAACUCUUAAAAAUACAAAUUUUGUUUAAAAAGCACAAUAUUCCAAUAAAAUCAAGAAAUAAAUAAAUUAAUUAACACUUAUUUAAUACAAAAAAAGAAAAUAAAUGAAUAACAAUAAAGGCAAAACCUACCAAGGGGAAAAAAAGUUCCACUCUAACAACUACAAAUAAGGAGAUGGUCAAAGAGUAAACACUUAGCAAACUUAGUAGAAAUCAGGUGCUAACCCAAAUUACAAGCCAUACAUUAGCUCCUACAAUGAUAAAAGGAAGGAGAGAAAUGACAAUUUUAAACCAAAGCCUAUGACUAAUAUUAGAAGUAAUAAUAGAUAAGAUGACGAAGAUGAUUGUAUUAUGUUGCCAACCAAAGAAACUCUCAACUAAAUUAACUCAAACAAUCAAAUUAAGACAGAAACAUAAGUAAAUUGCUGGGAAGAUUGGGACUCUCAUGCAGUACAACCUACAAAAGUUGUUGAACCUCCUAAACCAGAGGAAACAAUUGGCGGCAUAACUAAUUUUACUGUGAAUACUGGUAGAAUGAAAAACAUCGAAAAAGAAAAUGACGUUUAUGAGCCUUCUUCUGAUGAUGAGGCUCCUAACUUAAAUGAGAUAGCAAGAAUAGAAGAAGAAAAAAAAAAUAGAAAGGCAACUGAACCUAAAAGAGAAAAAGUUGAUGAUGAGAGUCCAAACUAAGAUAAAAGAUAAACCAAUGAGAGAGAUCGCUAGUAAUAUUCAUAAUAAGAGUAAAGACAUAAAAACUACAAUAACAACAAGUAUGGUGGCAACUAUUAAAACUAGGAUAAUUAUAGAUAAAAUAAUAACGGAAGGUAUUAGCAUGAUAGAGAUGAGAAUCACAGAUUUAAUAACAAAGAAGAUAAAUUUUAUAACAAGAAUGACAAAUUUAACAACAAACAAGAUAGAUUCAAUAGCAAUGGCAGCUAAAACAAAGAAGAAGGCAAUAAAUUUAACAAUAGGGAUGAAAACAACAAAUAAAAUUACAAUAGGAACAGACAAUAGGGUAAUUUCAAGAAUAAUUACAAUAAUAAUGAUAAUGAACGUCCUUUUAAGCAUGAAGGACACAGGUUUAACAAUAAAUACAAUGAUAGAAAAAAUGAAACAACCGAUUAAGAAAACUAAAAAAGCAGCCACGAUCAAAAUAUUGAAAAGAAUCAAAUGCAUAUUAGACAAAAUGACGAAUAAAAUCAAAGAACUGAUGUUUAAAAGAAUCAGUAAUAAGAUAAAGUAGAAAAUCAAUAAUAAGAAGAAAAGGCCCUCUACAAAGUUAAUAAAAAUAGAUAAAUUGAAGAAGAUAACGAAGAUAGAGAACAAAAUGAGUAGUAAACUUAAGAAAGACCUUACAGAAAUAAUAAUUAUAGAAAUAACAAUGGAUACAGAAACAAUGGCGAAAACUUUAACAAAAAUAGAUAAUAAGGAGGCAAUUAUAACUAUUAAAACAAAGAACGUUAGGGAAAUUUAAGUAAUUAACAUAACGAAGGUGAAGAGAAAGUCAAUUAAAACCCAGAAUAGCGCCAAAACUAUAGAGAGAGAAAUUAACAAUUUAAUGAAGAAAAAGGAUAACAUUAAAACAGUAACAGAAACUUCAAUAGGGAUGAAAACAACUCCGGAAGCUAUUAAAAUAAAAAGCCUUAUAACAAGAACUAUAAUCACAAUAAUAAUUACAAAGGAAAUUAAAGAUUCAAUAACGAAUCAAACACUAACGAUGAAAAUGGUAAUUCCUAAAAGCAAUAUUAAGACUAAAGAAACAAUAGACCAAAAAAAUAAGAUGUCGUUUAUGUCCCUAAGGCUUAAGAUGAGUGA